AUGUGGGGGUUCUUCUCCCUGGCGCUGGUGGCGGUGGGGGCCGCAAUAUUCCUAUUGAUCCGCCGCUAUGCGGCUGGCAGCGUGCCGCUGGUAGUAAAGGCCACCACCACCUACGCUUGGCUCGUGGCCUUCAUCGUUGUGGUGCUGGUGCCCAUUGAUGUGUUUUCGACGCUCAUCAAGCGCGGGGACAACGCAGUCGUCGAUGUGAUGUGGAAGGUCUGCUAUUGGUCGACGCAGGUGUUGACGUGGAUGGUGCUGCCAUUCUUCCAGGUCUAUGCAGACGCUGGGGACUUCACAGAGAACGGGAUCCUGUACGGCGCGGCGGGCGCCGCCGCGGUGGUGGGCCUUAUCGUGAUCAUCGUGGUGGAGAAGGCCCUGCGCAUCAGCGACCUGGUGGCCCUCGGCAUGGGCCUCUCCAACACCUUCGCGCUGAGCGUGGGCCUGCUGCUGAUGGGCUACGGACUGGUGGAGAUCCCAAGGGAGACGUGGAAGAGCCGCCCGGAGCAGCUGCUCAAGUGGUGCGCCCACAGGACGGGCCGCUUCGCCGGCGAGGUGCUGAAGACGACGGCUGAGCUGGAGGCCGUCGUCACCAUCAUAUGCGCCAACGAGCGCCAGAUGCCGCGGCGCGACCCCCUGCGGCCCUACAUGGAGGUGGUAUCAGCCUUUGCAGAGAAUGAGAGCCCCGUCAAGCCCAGCCAGGUCAGCGCGCGCAACCUGGACAUUGAGCGCCUCAACGCGGACGACCUGGAGUACAACUAUGAUCUGGCAGGCCUUGCUGCUUUGAGGCGGCGGCUGGCGGCGGCAAUACACAGCUACAAGGGCGCGCAUGCACAAUAUGAGGAGGUGGUGACAUCAGCGCUGGUGCUGCAGGAGGUGGUCAAAGCACGGGAAAGAGGCGAUUACGAGGCGCCCCCAGAGACACUUGGGACGGGCACGGCCUGGGGCAACGCCCUGUGGUACUACCGCUGCGUGCUGCACCCGCUGGUCCGCAAGGUCAUUGGCGUGCUGGUGGGUGCCCUGAGCCUUAUAAUCAUCUGGAGUGAGGCCACCAUCUUCACAGGCCAACGGCCAGAUUUGUCACCCUUCAGCCUGGCAAUCAGGAGCGCCGUGCCGCACGAGUUUGGGGUGCAGGUCAUCACGAGCCUGCCCCUGGCCUACAUCUGCGUAUGCACGUACUUUGCCCUGUUCCGUCUGAACGCGUUUGACUACAACAAGCUGCUGCCAAGGGCCACGACGGGCGCGGCGCUGAUGCAGAACGGCAGCCUCAUGUGCCGCUUUGCCCCGGCGACAUGCUGGAACUUCCUCCACAUGAUCCACAUGGACGGGCGCGUGGGCGGGCAGCGCACCGUGUUCACUCGCAACAUGGGCACCAUGGACGUCCUGCCGGUGCUGGGCCAGCACCUCAACGUGUACCUGCCCCUGCUGCUGGUGGUGCACUGCACCCUGACGUACCUGCGGCUGUGGGACCGCCUGAUGGGGUCCUGCGUCAGCGCCAAGUACCGCUUCACGAGUGAUGAUGUGGACGACCAGUACACAGAGCGCGGCCGCGCCCUCAUACGCAAGGAGGCCGAGGCGGCGGCCAACGGGCUGCGCGUCGGAGACAUCCUGCACUCCAGUGUCAUCGACCUGGAGUUCCCGGGGCUUGGCCCAAAGAAGCCGCGCAAGAAGAGCUGGUUCAGCUUUGGCCGCGGCAGCAGCGACGCCCCCGCUGCCGCCGGCGGCACCGGCGCGAGCGGCUCCAGCGCCGAGCGGGCGCCGCUGUUUGGCGGCCUGCGCAGUGAGGAGGGCGCCCGGAGCGGCGGCGGCGGCCUGCUGUCCUCCCUUGUCCGAAACAAGUACAACACCAACAGCAGCCCGGUGGCCAGCCAGGACGCAGAGGACCUGCUGAGCGGUGGCGGCAACCGGGGGUCAACCGCCAGCGGCGGCCGGGCCACCGGCGGCGGCGGCGGCGGGGCGAGCGGGGGCGGCGGCGCGAGCGGAUUGGACGGGAUCUUUGCUGAGAUCGCCCCGGCGCGCCAGGGGCUGCCUGGCAGUGGUGCGGGUGGUGCUCGCAGGGCGCCGCGCGGCUAG